UUACGUUCCAGUCCCAGCUUUGAAGCUCAUUCCGCAAGACUAUAAGCUCGUCAACCCGCCAUGAGCAGCAUCGCCCCCCAUCCUGUUGGAGCCAGCGUGGAGAGAUCAACCGGAAUGGAAGAAGCUGCCACCGUCGACGAGGCGGCGGAGAGGAAGAAGGCUGCUGCUGCGACGGGGCUGAUGUGGAAGGUGCCGGCGGCCAUGGUGCUGGUGCAGCUGAUCAUCACGGGGCUGAUCCUGCUGUCAAAGGUGGUGAUCAGCCGCGGCAUGUUCAUCUUGGCGCUCCACGCCUACCGCAGUGCCUUUGGCACCAUCUGCAUCCUUCCUUUCGCAGUGUUCUACGAGAGGGGGAUGUGGAAGGAGAUGAACUGGCGAGCCUUUGGAUGGAUCUGCCUCAACUCGUGCAUAGGGUAUGCGUUGCCAACAUGCUUAAACUACUAUGGUCUUCGGGAUACUACGCCAUCCUAUGCUGCCAUCUUUCAAAACAUAGUUCCUCUGAUCACCUUCAUUCUAUCCAUAGUUUUCAGAAUGGAGAAAUUGCGAUUCAGGACUGUGACUGGGUCACUGAAGGUAGCAGGCAUCCUGCUUGCUGUAGGAGGUACAAUGCUCCUUAGCUUUUACAAGGGCAAGACUCUGCAUCUUUGGGGUUCCAUUUUACAUUACCACUCAUACGAGAAGGAAUAUGCUGCAAACCAUCAUGUAAGAGGAACAAUUCUCUUGCUAGGCAGCAGCCUCACCUUUGCAUGCUGGUACCCAAUUCAGUCAAUGGUCAAUGAAGUGUACCCACAUAAGUAUUGGUCAUCCCUGGCGACAUGUUUUCUUGGAGGACUUCAGACAACCCUAAUUGGAAUAAUACUAAGAAGAGAUAGGAAUUCCUGGAAGCUUGGAUGGGAUCUACAACUUCUGACCAUUGUGUACACGGGGGUACUGGCAACAGCUGUGAGAUACAAUCUGGAGUCAUGGGCCGUUACCAAGCGAGGCCCAGUGUACCCACCAAUGUUUAUUCCAUUGAUAACUGUCUUCACUACUGUUUUGGGCUCCAUAUUUUUAGGGGAUGCAAUUACCAUUGGAAGCAUGCUUGGUGCAGCAACAGUAAUAACGGGGCUCUACAUUUUCCUCUGGGGUAAAUCAAAAGAGCUACACAGAAAGUAAAUAGUUUAAGUAACAGAAUUCUUGUAAUUACAAAAGGAUAAAAAAAUGUAUUUUUAUGCUGUUAAGGGAUUAGUAUAAUUGAAGUUAUUUUAAUAAAUAUAUAGAACAGACAUAUCGAUUAGUCCAUUACUUAUUUUUCCU